GUGCUUUGGAGGAGUUGCUGUGCUCAGCAUCGCUUGUGCGGGCAGACACGCAGCUCUGGCUCGAGAAUGUGGAGAAAACGUCGAACAUUCGUCUUGAUAUGCCGGAUGAAGUGCGCGAGAGAGUUGUGGACGAGUGCGCCAAGCGCCGCCAACCAGCUGAAUCUGUUUUGGACAGCUUGCUGGGUAAAACUGGUGUUGUUUCUGGCUUUGAGUCCAUCCGCCGCCUGAAUGCAGAAUGCUCUGAUUGCAGGGAGGCUGGCAGGUUGUCAGACACUCGACCUGUUGCAACAGGCGAGGCGACGAAAGGAAGUGUAGAGCUCUUCUGCAUCAACGAAGCGAUGUUGGAGAAGCCCAAAGAAGAGAUGGAGAAGUGGACCAGAGAAUUAGAUGCAAUGGCCUAGCAGGGCCUGGUAAUUUGGUCGUGUCACCGCAGCGCAUUUUCCCGCCUUUGCCACCCCUGCUUGAGUGAGCAUGGCGCGGCUUGGCAUUCGCAGUGCUUGCUUCAGUUGCAGACAUCUGCCCCAGCGCUUUUGGGAGUGUGAUGCUUUCGGCGUCUUUGUAUGGGGUCAAGCAUGGCCUGCCUCUUUGAGCAUUUCUGUUGUUUUACUGAAGCUGGAUCAACAUGCUUGAGACUCUUACCUUGUGCCCCCCCCCCC